AUGUUAACGUGUGUUGUGGGUGCGUGUGUUAUGUUAACGUGUGUUGUGGGUGCGUGUGUUAUAUUAACGUGUGUUGUGGGUGCGUGUGUUAUGUUAACGUGUGUUGUGGGUGCGUGUGUUAUGUUAACGUGUGUUGUGGCUGCGUGUGUUAUGUUAACGUGUGUUGUGGGUGCGUGUGUUAUGUUAACGUGUGUUGUGGUGCUGGAUAGUCACACAUACAGCAGUAGCUGGAGCGUCAGUCAAAGGUGCACAGUAACGCAUGGCGCAGUAGUUGGCGCAUCAGUCAGAGGUGUACAGUUACCCGUAGCGCUGUAG